CAAAGGCCAGUUACAAUAGCUAGCUUCAAUUACCAGUAUCAUUUGACCAAAUAAGAGAAACACCUCUCUGUUGACUGUCUUUGGAGUUGUUUAUUUUUUAAUACAAAAUGGGAGCCUGUAUGGCGCUGUGCUCUCUUGCGAGCUGUGCCUCAUGUUUGUGUGGCUCUGCUCCAUGUCUGCUCUGUGGCUGCUGUCCUUCUUCCAACAACUCCACUGUCACCCGGCUGGUCUUCUCUUUCUUCCUCCUGCUGGGGACACUGGUGUCUGUAAUCAUGAUCUUGCCGGGCAUGGAGACGCAGCUUCGCAAGAUUCCUGGCUUUUGUCAAGGGGGGACCACAAUACCAGGGAUCGACAACCAUGUUAACUGUGACGUGAUUGUCGGCUACAAAUCAGUCUACCGCAUGUGCUUUGCUAUGGCGUGCUUCUUUUUCCUUUUUUCUGCAAUAAUGAUUCGUGUAAAAAGCAGCAAAGACCCUCGUGCUGCUAUUCAGAACGGGUUCUGGUUCUUCAAGUUUCUGAUCCUAGUUGGCAUCACUGUUGGAGCCUUUUUCAUCCCAGAUGGCACAUUUCAUGAUGUUUGGUUCUACUUUGGUAUUGUUGGCUCCUUCAUGUUCAUCCUGAUCCAGCUCAUCCUCCUAAUUGACUUUGCCCACUCCUGGAAUGAGGUGUGGGUUAGGAAUGCUGAGGAGGGCAACAACAAAUGUUGGUUCUCAGGUCUGUUGUUCUUCACUAUCCUGCAUUACGCCCUUGCCUUUGCUGCGAUCGUGCUAUUUUAUCUAUACUACACCAAACCUGACGACUGCACCGAACACAAGUUCUUUAUCAGCUUCAACCUUAUUCUCUGCGUCAUCAUAUCUGUGGUCUCCAUUCUGCCAAAAGUACAGGAUGCCUCACCACAGUCUGGUCUGCUUCAGUCCUCUAUUAUUACCCUGUACACUAUGUAUGUCACCUGGUCCGCCAUGACCAACAAUCCUAAUCGUGAAUGUAACCCUAGUUUGCUCAGCCUGGUGUCCAAUAUCAGCGCAUCUGAGGCAAUGCCCACAAGCUCCCCUGGGAUGGUGCAGUGGUGGGAUGCUCAAGGCAUUGUGGGAUUGGUUAUCUUCCUCUUCUGCACCUUUUAUGCCAGGUCAGAUUCCACAGCCGUCAGAGCCGGGCUGAAGAUGUCUGACAGGCAUCAGGAACAGUUGGUAGAGGAUGAGCUCCAGGGGAAAGGCGAGGGCGGUCGAGGCCCCAUCUCUGUGGUCUAG